UGCCCUCUGCUCCCUGUCCAGUCUUCCUUGCUUUGUCCACAUUGCUGGCCUCAGGCCCAGACACCAGCUCUGCUGCAAGCAAAUGGCUACUCUUCACAUGCUGUGGAUGGGGCUGGUCCUCCUGGGUCUCUUGGGAUUCCCACAGACCCCAGCCCAGGACCAUGACACAGUGCAGCCCAACUUUCAACAAGACAAGUUCCUGGGGCGCUGGUACAGUGCGGGCCUCGCCUCCAAUUCAAGCUGGUUCCGGGAGAAGAAAACCUUACUGUAUAUGUGCAAGACAGUGGUAGCCCCCUCCACAGAAGGUGGCCUCAACCUCACGUCUACCUUCCUCAGGAAAAACCAGUGUGAGACCAAGGUCAUGGUACUGCAGCCUGUGGGAGCUCCCGGACACUACACCUACAACAGCCCCCACUGGGGCAGCUUCCACUCCCUCUCAGUGGUGGAGACCAACUACGAUGAGUAUGCUCUGCUGUUCAGCAGAGGCACCAAGGGCCCAGGCCAGGACUUCCGCAUGGCCACCCUCUACAGCAGGACCCAGACUCUGAAGGCCAACCUGAAGGAGAAAUUCACCGCCUUUAGCAAGGCCCAGGGCCUCACAGAGGAGGACAUUGUUUUCUUGCCCCAACCGGAUAAGUGCAUUCAAGACUAAAUACAGGUGAUCUGGCCUCAGGACUCCUUUGCUCUGACACUCUCAAGAUCCCAUCCCUGGCUCCCCAAAGUGUGUCUACACCCUCCAGCUUUGCCUUGACAGAGAAAUAAAAGUCCAAAGCAAGUCAGA